ACUUUCAAGAAAGUUUUUCGAAAUUAUAGAAGAAAAAUAAAUAUUAAUGAAUUGCAAGAGAAUUACACUUCAAAUGUGAAAUUUACUUUAUGAGAAAGAGCCAAGUUUAAAGAGGCGAUAGCUAUUUGAGUCACAUAAGACUCAGCAAUAAUGACAUUUGAAUAUAACAAAAUUUGCAGACUGUGUCUGAACCAUUCAAACACUUACUUAAUGAACAUAUUCAAUACAGAAUAUAGCAUUAUCGAGAAAAUUGCGGACUUAAUGAAUAUAGAGAUAUUUCAGAAUGAUCCCUUUCCAAAAGUUAUCUGUACGGAUUGCUACUCAAAUCUCGUCAUUUUUAACGAGUUCAAGAGUAUUUGUCGUAAUUCUGAUAGUCUUUUAAAGAAAUAUCAGAUAAAUAAAUCGGAAUCAAAUGAAGUCGUCACAACACAAAGCAACAAGGGAAAUGGAAAAUGCAAAUCUAUUCGUAACUCAGAGGAGAUGGCAAAUCGAAUAAAAGAGUGUGCAUUUAAGAAAUCUAUGACAUUCAUUGAAAACAUGAAAAACUUUUACUUUUUGAUAAAUCAGAUUGAAGAUUUGGAGAGUAAUGGAGGGCAAGUCAUAAUAAAGAAUGAAGUUUCAACAGAAUCUUUAAUCCCAUCUGUUGAAAUUAAUAUAAAGAAUGAGAUAAUUUAUCCAAAUGAGGAUAAUCAUCAAGGAAUGAUGGGAUGUGUCAUACAACAGCCUCAACAAGAGUCGAAUUCUCAAGAGCCUAAGAAAAAAAAACGCAAAAAUAAUAAACGAAAAUCGAUAAAUGGUCAGGCAACGAUGGAAAUUGAUGAGACUGGAAAUCUUUUAACGAGACAAAUUGUGACAACACAAGACCAUCAUCAACCGAAUAUUCAAUUAGCACAACAAAAUGACAACGAAAUGGCUUUGAUGUUAACAGUUAAACAUUCCGACAAUCAACAGGAGACGACACAACCGCACACAAUCACUGUCAGUAAUCAACAUCAUACAAUUCAACCAAUUCAAAUUCAUUCAAAUCAUCCCUUGCCGUCAUUAUCAUCAACUGUUCAUCACACACCUCAAGCAUCAGCAACAACAACAUCAUCUCAAAUAUCAAUUCAAAGCACUCCACACACAGUGACCACAAUAAUACCACAAAUACAAUAUUCAUGUUCAGCAUGUAAUGAAAUUUUUGCUAACACCGACACGCUUCGUCAGCAUUUGUUCCAGUCGCAUCAAGUUUUAUUUCCAUUCACGACAUCAUCAACUGAACAUCAAUAUCAGGUGCAAUUACCGGCAGCGAGUAUCACACAAACAUCAUCAGCAUCUCUCCAACCAGUAACACAACAAUAUACUUUUACCCAUCCACACAAGAAGUAUUUUGAAUCGGAAUUUCCAUGUUUGCUUUGUGGCGUUAUAUCAAAGAAUCAAGAUGAUUUAAUCAAGCACAUGAUUCGUCAUACGUCACAAGCUGGAACAUCAAAUCAGCCGUCAACGACAGCAAUUAUCGCCAGAGAACGUGAAAUUGACACUUCAUCAACACCAACUGAUUUAUCUAAUCCAACACAAUAUAAAUGAAAGAAUGUGAUGCCAUUUAAUGGAUGAAUUUUAAAUUCAAACGAAAAAUUUAUGAACUUUCUUCUUGUUGAGACUAAGAUUUAAAUUUUUAUUUUCUUUAUUUCAUUAAUUUUUGAUUCUUCUUUACACUUAAAGUGGGAGAAACAAAAAAAGGAAAGAAAGAGAAAAAUCCCUUAAUAAAUGUCAUAUUUAACUUCUUUAACCGGAUUGUUUAAAGGAAUUUCUAUGAAUUGUAUUUCAUAAACUUGAGAUGAUGGAUUUGUAAAAUAUUUCGAGCUUUCUGGAACUUGUGCUACGAUGACCUUAGGUUGAUCAGGUUUUGUCACGAGCUUCUCCUUGUUUGAUGUC